UCAGACACAACACACCAUAGACAAUCUUUAGGGAAUCGCGCGGGAAAAUUAACGCUGACGACCUUGGAUUAAACAGCUGUAGUGGUGUUUUGAUUUUUUUAUCAGUGUUCUUUAAAUUGUGCAUAUGGAAUUUUGUUUUUGAUUGGAGAAUUAUUACGGAAUUAUAAUAAAGACAAUUAAUAACUAAUAGAUAAUGAUCAACUCUAACCCGGAGAAGAAUGGACGACAGGAAAAGCAACAAAAAAAUGACGACAAUUGGCUUAAGUUAAGAAAAUGAAAAAAGCUAUUUUGCGAUUUGGUUUGAAGAAAGUAUACGAGAUGGCGCUGUUAGUGAUUUUGGUAAUGGUAACAAGCGUAAUAGGUACUUCGACCCCUACAGAAGAGAUGGCGUUGGGGAACGUUACAAGAUUUGCUUCAGGAGAUCUAUUUUCGCUUGUUGGUACAGAUUGCGGCCCAACUCGAUGUAUGGAGGUCUCCCAUGGGACAGCACUCGCUGCACCUAGUGGGGGUGAUGGCUGCUUAUGUCAGUGUCGUCGAGAUACGCCUACCUUCAGAGAGGAUCAACGUAUUUGUACUGAUAAAAUUGAUGAAUGUGUGAUGGCGAGUUUUGGUCGUGGUUCAACAAAACCGCAGAUCCCGUUCGUGUUUUUACCAAUGAAGGGCCAGAUUGUUUAUCCUGCUAAGGAAAUAAUUUUUACAAACGUUGAGGAUGCUAUUUGCGCUGUGACUAGUGCACAGUAUUUAUCGCCAUCAGGUUGGGUAACACUGAGGGAUUUGCUCGACAACGACGUACCCUUUAGCUUGUACCGAGAUGAAGGCAGCACUUUCUUACAGUGGCGAGGAUCUGCGGCACUGCACGCUCGUUUGGAAGGACGCCUAGUAGCAGCGCACGUAUUGUGUUCAGCUCAUGAACAGUCCCGCCUUGCCGCCUCCUGUGCUGCCUUUAGAAUUGCUGGCGCUUCACAUAAUUCCUUACUUGAUGUCCGAUCCAUACCAUUUCAUGCUGGCGAGACAGUAACGUCAGAACCUUCCUCUCAGAACCAAGGUCUGAGUGUGCUGGAGUCGUUAGCGAUCUGCGUAUGUGUACUCAUGCUGGUUUUUAUAUAUGCGGCCGGCAUUAUAUUUUAUAUUCAUUACAAACAAAGGCAGAAACGAAAGGAUAAAGACCCGGAGUCCAAUCACUCUAACACUAUAUCCACAGAAAAUGGAUCGCCACUCGAUUCUCGUAUCGACUUAGACAAUGUGCAAUUAAAAACUAAUCCAUUAUUGAAUAUGAGUAAUUUGAACUCAAAUUUUUUAAAUGAUUCUGGUUUAUCUGAUGUCAGCGAGCAUACAGAAGAUACUAUUGAUUCAUCUCCGAAUAUCACUCAAAAGUUUCAGAAAACAAAUUCUAACGUAGUAUCGGCAAUGGUCCAUACAAGACGUAAAAAGCCAACUAGACCUUCGAUAAGGGCAUCGACAACAUCAGAAAAAAUGAACGAACGUUUUCAACGUCGGUCGAUGUCACCAGAUACUUUUGAAAGAGCUCCACAUUCCGAAUUAUCUAUUAUAGAUUGUACUUUAGAAAAUAAUACGGUGGCGAGACAACCAUUUCAAUCUUCAAACGGAGAGCCAGCUCUUAGAAAGAAACUAUAUUUCAACCCGGUUUUUUUUGAAACCGAUCAUCUGAAGAAUCCUCCACCAGCAGCGAUUGAAUUUUUAAUGAAGAUACGUGAAAUCAUGUCUUUGGCCAAGGAUAAAAUGACUUCAAAAAGGUUCAUCCCAAUUUUGUCUGAUAUACCAGAAGAAGAUCUUUAUAAUUCAAUAGAUCUUGGUUGUGAUAUUCCGUGCGCUCGUCGUAAUCGCAGAUAUAGUAUUGCCAUAAAUCUGAAACAGGAAAAUAGUAGAAGAGCAGGUCAUUGCGGUGGAUGUCCUGGAUGUGACAUUGUUACUAAAAGCCAGAAAUCUAUAGCAUUGACCAGAUCUAAUUCAUGUAAAACAUGCGUUAGUGAAGAUUAUAAACAAACGAUUGUUCGGAAGUGGUUAGACGAUGUGCCAUCUCCCCCACAGUCAGAAAAAUCGAUAAAGCCUAUAAAGAAAGUUAUUGGUUCUCCAAGAGCAAUAGAAGCAAAAUUAAAGAGUGAAAUACGGCCACAUUCUACAGAACCACUACGAAUUGAAGAAAUUAAACGCAAUCUACAGUUAGUAGAUUCUAAAGUUAAAGAACAAGUUAGUAAUCUAAAAAUCAAUGAGAUGAAAGAGACAAAGAAAGAGGAUGUCAAGAGAGAUAUAAAGAAAGAUGAUUCUAAAUGCGCUAAUAUUACUAUAAAGCAAAAUAUUGGAAAGAUGCCCGAAGAUAUAAAAAAUGUAAUACCAACCACACCAACCAAAAUACAGGAAAAUAAAAAUAUUUCGAAUCAAAUGUCAAGACGUAUAAGAAAGAAAUUGCCUCCACCUCCUCCACCUCCAGCAAACCCACCACAAUUACCAGAAUCACCACAACAUGAAGAAGAAGAAGAACCCAUACCAGUGGAAGUUAAAAUAAAAAUGGAAGCAGUUAUACGUGAACUUAAUAACUGUCGCCGAACAGAACCAAAAGUAUUAGAAGAGAUGAAAAUAGAAUCUGUAACACCUAUUGCCCCUAAGAUUGUUAUACCAGUAGUGGCUGCUGACUCUCAUUAUUAUAGUGACGAUAAUACACUUUCUAUUAAUCGUAAAAAAGAAAAGUCUCUUUCACGAGAUAAUAUUUUUAUGGAUUUGGAUAGUUUAGAUAAAAAUGCGCUCAAAAGACGCAGAUUUUCAUUAGCUUGCGGACCAGAGUUAGCUCAUAAAGAUAUAUUUGACCACAAUCAAAGACCUCAGAGCGCAGCUCGUGGUAGACUAACAAGUAGUUGGCGCGAUAUAAAUAAAGCUGUUGACAAUUAUCAACAAGAUUCAUUUAAUAGUUGGUGCGAUAUAAAACGAUUUGGAGGAGAUUAUGUACAAAAUCCUUAUAAUAUAGUACAACCUCAAUUCAAAAAUCGCAGUGAAAUAAUUAUAAACUCUUCCGAACCAUUGUAUGAUAAUAUCUCGAAACCUGGUCCACUGACUAUAAAAGUAAGUGGCUCCCCAAUAGAAAGUAGGCGUAAAGUAAAUGAAGAAUUUGAUCCAGAUACUCUUGACCGGAAACCUAAGCGUGAAAACAAACGCGUUGAAAAGAUACUUUUAAAAUCUGGGGGAAGUUUCAAAUUCAAAGUUCAAACAAAUACACCAGAAUCUAAAAAUAAACCCAAUACUCCACCAGAAGUUACUUUCACCAGAAAAAUUGGUAGCCUGAGACAAAUAUAUGAAGCCAAAGCAAAAGUGCAAACUAAUGAAAUAAAUCUUUAUAACAGACGUGGAAGUCUACCUUAUCUAAAUCAAGAUGCGGCAUGUUUUGCUAGAUCUGUAAAAACCCCAGAUUUGAUAAGACAAAUAGAUAAUCAGAAAGAUUUAAAACCACCUGUACCUCCGAAGCAACGACGUAUUCCUGAUUUGUCUCCAAAGUUCUCUUCAUCAAUUAGAGAAAGCCCCUCUGGUGAUAGAAGACGUAUAUCAGAAGAAAGAGAUCGUUUUCCUCCGUACACACGAGUAGAUAACUUAAAUGCUCGACGUUCUGGACGUAGGUCUGCGCGUACUAGAUCUCGGCGCACUGAUUUAAGAAAAUUGUAUAGAACUGAAGACUCGGGUUAUAUGAGCACAGAUUCCAAUGACUCAAAACGGAGAGCAAAAUACCUUAUGCAAUUGAGACCUAAAAAUAUUCCCGAACCCGCUCCGGUGCCGGUCGCUAGAUCAAUAACUAGAACACCAAUAUUACUGAUGGAGUCUGAUACUGAUGAUUUAGAAUCUUUGUGCGAUGGACGUAGCGAAUCUGGUGGAGAGAGCGUUGAAACAGAUUCCGUAUUUUUUGGUAAUUUUGACGAUACAAAGGAAAUGUUCGCAGAGUUGGGUCUGCAUAGUUAUGAGAUGAAAAGAAAAAUUAGUCGUGGACCAGAACAGAUCGAUUCAGGAUUUAUGGGCGAAACAAAUAUUAUACUGAGUGGUGACAGCGAUUCUGAACACAGAAGCGUUAUAUCAAUAAUUACUGGUCGCGAUGGCUGAACAUCAUCUGCGUCUAUUGCUAAAUUAGACGAACCGCCAUAUGUUCAUUCCGUAGAAUGUUAAAAAUAUGCCAUACAACUCUUAUGUAAAUAAAUAUAUAUUAUAACCAAAUAAUAUAAAUUUAAAUAUUUGUUUUUUGAUUAGUGUAGG